AUGGCCUCCAUCGGUCCAGUGAGCACAGAAGUUUGCUGUGACAUAUUCAGGGAGCUGAGAAGCCAGAGUGUCCAGGAGAAUGUCUGCUACUCCCCUCUGCUCAUCAUUUCAACCCUCUCCAUGGUCUACAUAGGUGCAAAAGAUAACACCAGAGCUCAGAUAGAGAAGGCUAUCCACCUUGAUAAAAUCCCAGGAUUUGGAGAGAGUACUGAAUCUCAGUGUGGCACAUCUGCGAGCACCUACACUUCACUUAAGGACAUCGUCAGCCAAAUCACCAAACCAAGUGACAAUUAUUCGAUCAGCAUCGCCAGCAGACUUUAUGCUGAAGAGAAAUACCCAAUUCUGCCGGAAUACAUUCAAUGUGUGAAGGGACUGUAUAAGGGAGGUUUGGAAUCUAUCAGCUUUCAAACAGCUGCAGAAAAAUCCAGAGAGCUCAUAAAUUCCUGGGUUGAAAGUCAGACAAAUGGGUCUAUCAAAAAUAUCCUUCAACCAAGCUCUGUGAGUUCACAAACUGACAUGGUCCUGGUCAGUGCCAUCUACUUCAAGGGAUUGUGGGAGAAAGCAUUUAAGGAAGAAGAUACCCAGACAGCUCCUUUCAGAAUUUCUGAGCAAGAAAGCAAACCUGUGCAGAUGAUGUCUCAGACUGGUACAUUUAAAGUGGCAGAGAUCCCUUCUGAGAAAUGCAGAAUCCUGGAGCUUCCAUAUGCCAGUGGGCGGCUGAGCCUGUGGGUGCUGUUGCCUGAUGACAUCUCCGGCCUGGAGCAGCUUGAGACUGCAAUCACUGUUGAAAAUCUCAAGGAGUGGACCAGUUCUAGAAAGAUGGAAGAGAGGAAAAUUAAAGUUUAUCUCCCCCGCAUGAGGAUUGAGGAGAAAUAUAACCUCACAUCUGUCUUAAAAUCCUUGGGCAUCACCGACCUGUUCAGCUCAUCAGCCAAUCUCUCUGGCAUCUCUUCAGCACAGAGCCUGAAGGUGUCUGGAGCAUUCCAUGAGGCAUUUGUGGAGAUCUCUGAAGCAGGCAGUAAGGUGGUGCGCUCAUCAGGAGCUGGGGUAGAUGACACAAGUGUCUCUGAAGAGAUUAGAGCUGACCACCCAUUCCUCUUCUGGAUCAAGCACAACCCAAGUGACAGCAUCUUGUUCUUUGGCAGAUGCUUUUCCCCUUAA